AUGCCCGCCUCAUCUCGAAAAGCGGCGGCCAACAUCGAGCCCGGCACCAACCGCAUCGUGCCCGUCGCCAUCGCCGCACUCCUCGUCGCCUUCUUCUGGCCAAACGCGCAGUCCCUCUUCUCCGCCGGCAGCACCACGGCACCCAGCCAUGCUUCCCAGAUCAAGGCCAUCGACAGGCCACCCGGCGUCGAAUCCCUCAUCCCGCUUCCCCCGUCGCAGCACGACGACGCGCGCCUAGACAGCCACCCAGCGAACGACCUCUUCAAGUUCACCCACGAGGACUACCUCGUCCGCGACUCGAAGAGCAAGAAAUCCGCGGCCCAGGAUCAAGACGGGAAACAGCAUGCUGCCCAGCACCGGAUCGACCCGGGUCAAUCGGCACCUUCGUCCCCACGGCAGCCCCGCGCAAAGGCGCCCAAGAAGAUCAGCAACGGCGCCAGCAGGAAGACGGCAGCCAAGGCCAAGCAGCGCCUCAACAGCGACCACCGCCAUGACGACGGCGGCCACGACGAGCAGCAAGAUCAUGACGAGGAAGAGGAAUCCUCCUCGCCCCUCUUGCUCGACUUUGUCCUCGCCCUGCUGCGCGGCACGCUGCGGGGCCUCUACUAUCUCUCUCUGCCCCUCGUCUACCUCUCCCGCCUGCUCGGCUCAGGGGCGUCGCGCCUCUACCGCGCCUUCCGCAUCGGCCUCUCGCACUCGCUGCGCCCCGUCGCCGUGGGGCUCGCGCCGCUCGGCUACCUCGUCUCGGGCAUCGUCUACCUCUUCUACACGGCGCCCAUGCGCGUCAUCUCGGCCAUUGCGCGCGAAGUCUACCCGCUCUACAUCUUCCUCGGCAUCGCCAGCACCGUCGGCGUCACAAUGGGCGUCGGCGCCGCCCUCGUCCUCUACAUUACCGCCUUCGUCUUUAUCGACCGCACCAAGGUCGAUCCGCAGCAGCAGCAACAGCAGCCGCAGCAGCCGAAGAAGAAGAAGGCGGAUCGAAAAUUCAAGAGGAGCGACACUGCUGGUCGCUCCGACGGGCAGGACGUGGAUGAGGGCGACGCCUCGACGGAAGAAGAGCGGCAGUGGCGUGCCAUGCAGGCCAAGGCGCAGAGCAGGGCCUCAGCCAAGGGCAAGGGCAAGGCGCGAGCGCGCGAGACGUCGCGAGGCUGGUCGGACGAGGACGGGUACGGGGAGGACGACCACGACGGCGGCAGAUAUGGCCGGGAGGCCAUCUACCGCUCCCGCAGGACGGGCGACACGCCGCCGGACCUGACUCCCUCGACCGAAGACGACGACGAGUUCGACAACGGGUACGGCUACGAGGGCGUGGCCGACGUAUCAGAGCAGUCCUGGCGUCGGGAAGCAACGUCGGCCGCCGGCAGCUACCGGGAUCGAAGCGGCAAGCUGAGCUACCCCAUCGGCGCCACGGCCAGGACGGGCUGGGCCCACCGUACGCCGCGCACCGGUGCCAGCCCGACGACUUCGCCCCAGCACAGCUUCUUCGGCCAGCCCGCGGUGCCGUCCCCCGUCGUCGUCGGCAGUGGUCGCAGGGCCGACGCAUGA